GCCUCAAUCCGUUUGCUGUUAUAAAAUCAAUCCCCCCCCCUCCCCUCCGCCAAUCCACGAGAUGACCACGCUGGACGCCGGAUCCAUGUCGGUUGCGAGGCAGGUGGCCUGGAACAUCAAGUUCCUUGACCGCCCCAGCCACGUCUUCGCUGGCGUUUACAGUCGAGAUCUUCGCGUGCGAGAGAUAUUUGCGGAGCUCCACCUAGUCUUCGACUUCUCGUCGUCCACCCAAGAUUUAUCCCUCUGGCCCGAGGAGCAGGGCUCUGCCGUCCUUUCCGAGGCAUCCCCUGACGUUCUUGAUCGUAUCAUUGACGGUCCGGAGCCCGACGCCAAGCCGGCGUUCUUCGUCGUCGCGCACCACGACUCCGACGCCUGCGGCCUGCCCGGCGAAACGGACCUAGCCCUUCACCGACAAGAGGGAUGUGCAAAACUUGUCCACCCCAAACGUCAGCAGCACUCUUUCUACCUUCCUAUCAACCAAAAGUCGAAUGAUCCUGCUGUGACCGCUUUCCCUUUUCGGCGUCGCGGUAGCGUCUCUCCCAGUAAACGAUCGCGAACCGGAUCAGGCUCGACAUCCCAGAGAAGCCAGUCGGAGGCCACCGAAACCGCCCAGCAUAGCGAUGUUGUUGGGCCUGAUUUCCUGAUAGGCGCGGCUUCAUACAAGGAAGCCCGCAAGAAGCAACAUGGCUUCCGCAGCGUGGCCUUGGACUUGUCGGCCUGCUGCGCCGUAACCAAGCUCGGCAAGUCAUGGUGCCGCAAGUCAGUUGUCGGACCAGGCAUACAUGCGGCGCACAUCGUUCCCCAGCUCCAGUAUCAGUUGUUCCCUCUGGGGGACGACGAUGCGGCCGACAUUCACUACCACCAACAACAAUCAGCUUCUGUACCCGCUGAACUUUUGGUGGCCUGGGACAGAACGUGGUCCGUCGGAAACAGCAUCAUUCUCUCAGCAUCAAUCCACGAAGCUUUCGACCAGCGCCUGCUUGCCAUCCACCCGGACUCGCACAAAAUCCGCGUUUUCGCUCCCUAUGAUCUCAUCAUACCGUACCACGGCCAGAUAGCCGACUUUGGACAGAACUACCCCGACCGCGAAGCACUGCGCUGGCAUUGGAAUGUGUGUGCUAUCGAAAAUAUGAGAGCGAUAACAGAGCUGCUGCGGCCAGGCUUGGUCCUCCUUCCUUCUGGCACUGAAAUGCCGCCCUCUCGGCCCCGUCAAGCGGAAGAUGACGACGACGAGGGUAGCGACGAUAGCGAUGGCGAUGGCAUGGGCCCCCCCUCAGCUCCAGGACCCGCCAACCAUGGCGCUGUUGGUGGGCGGAAAAGAUCCAGACUUUCCGAGCUGCAAGGUGAAGGCAAAGAGGAUGACAUGCCGGAGCUGUCGCAUGGCGAGGGGCCAUCUACUCCUAGCUUUGCCGAGAGUGGGCAUGGCUGUAGCAGCACUACAAAAAGGCAGCGGACCGCGGCUUGGCUGGAUAGCCUUCCCCUGGAUUCGAAGGGUUACUAAUACUAACGGUAACGGUGGUGUGGGAGGUGGAAAGUGUAAUAGAUCGGUGCGUGGCCUUUGGCCUGUACCGCCUUGGUGGCUUGUGUGGCUGUGGCUACACGAUAUAUAGUGCCCUCGGCGACCACGAAAAGGGGUCCCAUUUGGAUCCUUCCUGCACCUUUGUUAAUAACCUCGUUCUCCCACAACGGAGUCCUUUGCCUUUAGGAUUAAACCGUAACAAAAAGCUUUAUUGUUGGUAGGAGUCUGGUACUCCUGUUGAACGGCUCGGAG